AUGUUUUAUUUUUGUUUGCGAUGUGUUUAUUUUUAUAUUGAUAUAAUAACUAACUUAUCUUAUUUAUUCAUUGUUUUAGCUAAAGGUCGUAUUAAUUAUAAAUUACAACCCGAAAGUUAUGGUUUACGUGAUGGUGUUGCUCAAACAGUGACAUUAUUUAAGCCAAGACUUGUUACUGUUCAUCGACCAACAAGUCUUUAUCAUCAACAACAAUUAGCAGCAUCCAAAAAAUCACCAGUUACAACACUGAAUCGAGGAUCGAAAGAUAAAUCUCGACGAACAUCAUCAAUUACUUCUUCAACGCAACAUCACCGACCAAGCAAAAUUCCAUUGCCAAUAUCUCGACUUAAAAAGGCAACAAAUGGUGGAACAACACCAACGAAAAAAUCCUAA